UUCGCUAUUUACUAUUUAAAUAAUAUCCUUAUUUAUUCUAAAAUUUUUAUAGAAUAUAAGGAAUAUAUAAGGAAAAUAUUAAACGUAUUAUAUAAAUACAAACUCUCUAUUAAUAUAGAGAAAAGUAAAUUCUAUAUAAGAGAGACUAUAUUUUUUAAAUAUUUAAUUUCGGAGAAUGAGAUUAGGAUAGAAUUAAGUAAAGUAGAAGUUAUAUAA